AUGCAUUCCCUCAGAUCCUUUCUCAAGCGGUCUGAUCUCAUAGAAGCAAAGGUUAACUAUGUUGUUAAGGAACUAGGUUAUCCACUUUCGACCUUUGUGGUGUUCCCUUCGUGUUUAGUGUUUACUCUCCAGCGGAUGAAGCUCAGGUUAGGGAUGGUUCCGUAUCUGAAAGGCAAAGUAAAGGCAAUCAGCAGUGUGCUUGUGUGCUCGGACCAACAUUUUGUGACUCACUAUGUAAACCGCCACCCUGAUGGGCCUAAACAUUGGGAGGAUUUGAAGAAACAGCUGCUUUGUGAGUAG